UUUCACAUAAAUCUGAUGUUUAUAGCUAUGGAAUGAUGCUUCUAGAAAUGGUAGGAAUGAAGGAGAACAUCCUUGCAAAGACAAGUCACACAAGCGAGAUGUACUUCCCUGAUUGGAUAUACAAAAGGCUUGAUCAAGGAACUCAACUGGGACCUGAUGAUGAUGGGGAAGUGGCCAUAGAGGAAAAUGAUGUUGUUAAGAAAAUGACAAUCGUGGGUUUAUGGUGCAUUCAACCAAUUCCAAAUGACAGACCAACAAUGAGUAGAGUUGUAGAAAUGUUGGAAGGCAGCAUGAAUUCCCUGGAAAUGCCACCAAGACCUGUCCUGUCUUCAACAAGAGUGGUAGUAGAAUCUUCUUCUAAUGUUGUGUCGUUGGUGGAAUCUUCUUCUGUUGUAUCAGUUGUAGAAUCUUCUACUAAUGUAACUUAGAUGCAUUACAUUGUACUCCCUCUAUUGUCUAUGUGUACCAAGCACACA